CUCUUCUUCCCUUCCUCUUUCCUUCUUCUUCUCCUCUCUUUUGAUCGUCACUUAAACACACACACACACACACACACACACACGUCUGUUAUCUGGGGCUUCAGUCAGGAAUGUAGGUCUUAGUCUAGAGGAGCAAGCAGCAACAGGUCCACCUCCUGAAACGGGAGUCGGCUCCAGACAAAGAGCUGCGAUCAGCACAGAGAGACCUGGUCUGGGUCCGUGGACCUCAGAGGAGUCCUGGUCCAGGAGCAGCCGGUUGCCAUGGAGGCCGUGCGUGUGCCGGACAGCUGGAGAAAGGACCUUCAUGUGUCUCAGGGAGCCGCGGACAGCUCAGAGGACAUGGACCGCCUGAACAGGAAAACACCCGAGUGUGGACGGCAACCCCACCAGGUGUUACAGAGCACGCCGCUGGACCUGAUUGAGACGGGGAAGGGCCUGAAGUUCCAGGCAGAGCGCCCCCACCUGGUCAGUCUGGGUAGUGGACGCCUGAGCACCGCCAUCACCCUGCUGCCCCUCCCUGAGGGACGGACCACACUGGGUCACGGCUCCAUGGACGUCCUCAUCCAGGGCCCCGGGGUGGCGGCCCAGCACUGUUACAUAGAGAACCGGUCGGGGGUCAUCACGCUGCACCCCUGUGGGAACAUGUGCACCAUCGACGGGCUCCGGGCCUCUCAGCCGGUCCGCCUGUCCCAAGGUUGUAUGCUGUGUUUCGGCCAGUCGGCCUUCUUCCGCUUCAACCACCCCGAAGAAGCCUUCAUGAUGAAGAGCAUGAUGCCCCAGGGAGGAGGGGUCUCCACGGGGGACUACAGACUACGUCCAGACACGGAGAGCUUCGUCAAUGGGAAUCACCAGGCCGGCCCGGCCCAGUCCCCCCCCCAGUCUGAGCACAGUGCGAUCGUCAGCUCCAUUGAGAAGGACCUGCAGGACAUCAUGGACUCCCUAGCGAUGGACGACCCCCAGCCGUCGUCCUCGGAGGGCAGGAAGCCUCCUCUGGGCCAACCCGGCCCCCACUCCCCCCUGUCGCCCAUGCUCAACGGCGGGGGCCGAUACCCGCUGUCCCCUCCCAUCAGCCCCGGGGCCAUGUCCGUCGGGUCCAGCUACGAGAACGCAUCCCCUCCCUUCUCCCCCCUGUCCUCCCCCUCGGCGGCCAGCAGUGGGAGCUUCACGAGCCCGUCUCCCAGCGGCGGACCCCAGGACCAGAGUUCUUCUCUGCCGCCAGUGCCUGUUCGCUCCUCCAGCUACAACUUCACCGCCCAGCCUCUGCCCACACCGCAGCCACGGACCGCACUGCCCAACUUCGGCACCGGUGCGGCGGGCCAGAGGGUUCAGGAGAGCCCCCGGCUGCAGAGGAAGGUCUUGAAUGAGGCCCCUCCGAGCCCCAAGCCCAGCCGCAGAGGACUGGGCCAAGAGGGGUCCGAGAGCCCUCGACUUCUGUCCUCUAAUGAAUCUCUGAGCGGUAGGAACAUUGUGCUAAGUAGCCCCAGACUCACGCCCCAGUUCCCCAGCGGUCCAUCCCUGUCUCCCUCCAGUCCCAGGACCAAGACGACCACAGUGCUCCAGGAAAGGCCCGCCAGCCCUUUCAGAGACCAGACCAGUCUAGCCGAGUGCCUCUCCAGGCAGCUGUCCCAACCCGCCAGGGCCUUUCAGCCGCCCUUGGACCCCAUCGUCCACAUCAUCCAAGGAUCGCCGCUGCAGCUGCAUCCCCGCCUGCUGCAGCCCCCCGAAAGCCCUCGCGUGGCCAGGAGGAACCUGGAGCUGAACGGCGGCGGCAGCAGCAUGCGUGAGCUGCCGCCUCUCAGCCCCUCCAUGGCUCGGAGAGGGGUCCCGGUACUCCCGGGGACAAUCCCAUCCUUGAAGACACCGGAAAGCCCCUCGAGUUUGGGCAAGCUCGUCCCAGAGAGCCCCAGGCUCCGCCGCAGGACCGGAUCCACAUCCGAGGAGCCGGCGUGCGGCAGGGGGGUCCGAGCCCGCAGUCCGUCGCCGCCGCCCUCCGUGAUGAUGGAGGGCGGCGGCGGCGCGGCAGUACGCAAGGCGAGCUUUGGGAACUCCCUCUCGCCCGCGUACAGCCUGGGCUCCCUGCCCGGCUCGUCCCCGGCGUCGAGCCCCAGGAGCCGCAGGAAGAUGUCCGCCGCGGGGCGGCCGCACGCCGCCAUGAGGGAGAGGAAGAACAGCAUCUCCGAGAUCAGCGACAACGAGGACGAGCUGCUGGAGUACCACCGGCGGCAGCGGGAGGAGAGGCUGCGAGAGCAGGAGAUGGAGCGCCUGGAGAGACAGCGACUGGAGACCAUCCUCAAUCUCUGCGCCGAGUACAACAAAGGCGAGACCUCCGGUCUGGACCCGCUGGUCUCGGGGAGGACGGGUUUCCCCGGGGGGCCGACGGACGGCUCGGCCCGGAGGCCGUCCCUGGAGAACGUCCUGGGGGGGGCGGCGGCGUCCUCGGCCGCGCUGCGCCUCCUGCAGAGGCAGCGCGAGAGCGACGAGGAGAACCUGAAGGAGGAGUGCAGCAGCACGGAGAGCACCCAUCAGGAGGUGAGGGCUUCUCCAAGGGAGGUUCAGGGAGCGUUGGAAUUGUCACUGACGUCACCGUCGGUGAUCUUUUCCUCCCGGCAGCACGAGGACGGCGCCGGCCACCUGGAGCUGAACUACCUGGAAGACGAGCGGGUUCGAAUCCUCUCUCGCGUCGACGAGCUCAAGAGCCGCCUGACGGAGCUGGAGCAACAACUCCAGGAGUCCAAACAAGAGGCCGAGAUGGAGCGUGCCUUGCUGCAGGGCGAGAGGCAGGCGGAGCUCGACCAGAUCGAGGCUGAAACGGACGUCAUCACACAGCUGCAGCACAAGCUGGACCAGCUGGAGAGCGCCAUCCAGAGGGAGAAGGACAAGGAGAGGGCUAAUGUUGAGGCCGAGCGCCGGGCCCUGCAGAACCUCCAGGAAGGGUUCUCUGAGUUGGAGAACCAGCUUCACAACUGUCCCGAGUCCCUGAGGGAACAUCUGCAGGACCAGCUCAAAAGGGACGGAGAGGCGUUGGAAACGGGAACCAAGAAGUUCGAGGACUUGGAGUUCCAGCAGCUGGAGAGAGAGAGCAGCCUGGAGGAGGAGCGAGAGACCAUCAGCCAGCAGCUGCUGCAGGAGAGGGCCCAGUACCACGGCCUGGUGGCCAAGCGGAAGGAGAAGGUGUCGGCUCUGGAGAACCAGGCGGACCAGCUGGGCCUGCAGGCGUCUCAGGAGUACGAGCGGCUCGCCAGAGACCGGACGCUCACGCUGCAGAUGCUCCACAAGGAGAAGGAGAGGCUGUCGCUGCUGGAGAAGAGGUACCACGGCCUGACGGGGGGGCGGAGCUUCCCCAGGUCCUCCACCGCCAUGAGAGAGGAGUAUGUGACAGUGAACCAGUUGAAUCAGAUGUAUGGGAUGCCGAAGGUGGAGUCGUCCCCGACGUCCCCGCUUCGCCAGCCCCUGCAGUCCGGAGCCGUAGACCCCGUCUUCUCCUGCCUGUCCUCUCCUCAUGGCUCCUCCCUCUCUCUCUCUGUGGAGUACCCCCCCAAGCUAGACUUAGAGCACUGGUACCAGGAGCUGAUGUCCGGCUCCGGCCAGCUCGGUGCCCCCUCUCUGCCGGCCAAGUGUGUGUCGGGCCGCAGGCCGGUGCUGCAGGUGUUCCGCUCGAAGCUGGACAGCGAUCCGGGUCCGCCCCCCCACCACCACCACCAGCCCAAGUCCGGCUCCGCCUCCCCUCUGCAGCUCGGAGCGGCGACGCUGGGACGCAACUCAAAGCAGAGCCCCCUGCUGGCGGCCAACAGCACCGGCAGCCUGCCCAGGAACCUGGCGGCGACCCUGCAGGACAUCGAGGUCAAGAGGCAGAUCGCCCUGCAGCAGAAAGGUCACCAGGUGAUCGAGGAGCAGCGGCGCCGUCUGGCUGAGCUGAAGCAGCGAGCGGCGGUGGAGGCUCAGUGCCAGUGGGAGGCGCUCCACGGCUCCCAGUCCCACCUCGCGACCUCGUCGCCCUCCUACUCCCCCGUCAUGGCGUACGGCCACGGCUCCGCGGGCGCCCCCCCGCCCCUGGUCCACCACUCCAUCCUACACCACCAUCCGCCGUCGGCCGGCGAGCAGCCCUACGACACCCUGAGCCUGGAGAGCUCCGACAGCAUGGACACCAGCGUGUCCACGGGGAACAACUCGGCCUGCUCGCCGGACAUGUCCAGCGUCGGAGGAGCGGACGCCAUGAAGAUCGAGGAGAUGGAGAAGAUGCUGAGGGAGGCGCAUCUGGAGAAGGCCAGACUUAUUGAAUCACGGGAGCGAGAGACUCUGGCUCGCCGUCAGAUGCUGGAGGAGGAGAGGAGGAGGAGGGAGGAGGCGGAGAAGAGGCUGCAGGACGAAACCUUCCACCGGCAGCAGCUGGUGGAGAAGGAGGUGAAGAUGAGGUCCAAGAACUUCUCUCAGGCCCGGCCCAUGACCCGCUACCUGCCGAUCCGGAAGGAGGAGUUUGACCUUCGGUCCCACGUGGAGUCGUCUGGCCACAGCGUGGAGACCUGCUACCACGUCAUGCUGACGGAGAAGAUGUGCAAAGGCUACCUGGUGAAGAUGGGGGGGAAGAUCAAGUCCUGGAAGAAGCGCUGGUUCGUCUUCGACCGCCUCAAGAGGACCUUCUCCUACUACGCUGACAAACACGAGACCAAGCUGAAGGGCGUGAUCUACUUCCAGGCCAUCGAGGAGGUUUACUACGAUCACCUGCGCAGCGCCACGAAGAGCCCGAACCCGUCCCUGACCUUCUGUGUGAAGACCCACGACCGGCUCUACUACAUGGUGGCGCCGGCCGCGGACGCCAUGAGGAUCUGGAUGGACGUGAUCGUCACCGGGGCGGAGGGAUACACGCAGUUCAUGAACUGAGGAGCUGUUUCCUGUUUCCUGUUUCCUGUUUCCUGUCCACAGCGCCUUGUUUGUUACUUUAAUUAUUGUAUUUUUUUUUUUUUUUAAUCUCACACGUUUCAUUUGUCGAUGUUUUCACCUCCACAUUUUUCUACGUGAUUUCAGUUUGGAUAGAAAAAGGGAGCCACACACACACACACACACACACACACACACACACACACACACACACACACCUGUAUAUAAUCAAAACGUAUGCCUGUCAGAGACUUUUAAAAAGCCUUUCUAUAUUGCCAAAUGGAGAUCUUUUAGUCCCUGUUUGUUGAAUCUUUUUGUAUCGUUUGUUUCUCUUUUUUUUUUUUUACUUACAGAGAAAAUUGCCAAAUGACAUGAAGCCAAUGUUUAGUUUGAGCUCCAUCGAGACCGAAGGUUCCAAUCAAAGGGUUGAGCUUAUUUCAAAUGGUGUUCAGCAUGCUGCUCGUACACUUCACACACUUCUCCUGAGCUACUUCCUGGUCACGUGACCUCACAGGACUCGUUCAGACCUCACUAUGGUUCGACCAAUACAGGGUUAAUACCUUUAAAAUAUCAGGUGACCAAAUACUCCACUAAAGAAGAAUACUUUAUCGGGGGGGGAAUCGCCUUUGUGGACCCAACGGUAUGAAGCUGGAGAUGGUUAGCUUAGCAUAAAGACAGGAAACAAUAGAAAUGCUAUAUCUCAUUUGUUUAAACAAAGAAAUGACAAGUUGUUGUUGAGCGUGCAGUUCCGUCUUUAUGCUAAGCUAACAGUAGCCGCUUUCAUGCCAAAGUUAGACGAGACGAUUUAUCUGAAUGCUAGAGACAGUUAGCUUAGCAUAAGGACUAGCCUGGCUGUGUUUGUUUGGGGUCAAUGACACACUGUCAAAUUAUAUAAACUCUUUGCGACCUUAUCGAUGUCAUCUUGCUAACGUAACGUUAGCGUUCUAGCUGGAGAAGCUAAAGACAAUAGCAAUACCUCCAAGUCGCAUCAAGGGCCGUCCUAUUUACUGGAGACGUUUACGGUUCCAUUGCAUAAGAGCAUUAUGGGAUGGAAACGGGGAAUGAGUCGUGGAAAUACUUUAGAUUUUUGUUGCAAAAAUGUAAAUCAAUGGUCUGAAUAGUUUUGUGCUUCAGCGACGUCCUCAGAACUAAAAGUUAAGAAGCCAUUAUUUCCUGAUCAGUUGGAGGACGGGGCGGAAUCGAACACCCGGUUUAUUGCUCCGACCAUAGUGUCCACAUUCUUGUCACCCUUGAACACUUGCGCCAUCCUCACUGCCGGCCUAAACCACUAGAGGGCGCUGCAGAGACCACGAACAGGAUCGACUAUAUGGACAAUUCUGAACUGUGCCUUGACUGUUGUUGUUGUUGUUGUUGUGCAUUCAUAAGAUCGUACGAAUGCAUUCUCCUCGUGUCACCUGAGAGGCGACAGGAUGGACGGGUUCUUACGAGGCGUUGUCGUGACGACGGCCCUGAGCACAGUGGGCGGGGUCAACUAGCUCCGUCGUUAAUCUACUUUAUUUUAGUGAUCGUUUGGACUCUAAAUGUGCGACAAAGUACACAAACAAGUCAACAGUUUAUUUUCACAUGCGGUCGCGGUUAUUAUUUUAAUGGCGUGUUGACGGCUGAUCAGAAUAAUACAGAUUAUUACGAAGUCUGAAUUCAUGUUAGUUUCUCCGGCUGUUAAAACGCUGGUUUCCCGAAUGGCGUCUGGCUCAGUCCGUGCUAGGCUAUGCUAACGACGUAGCGCCGGUUAUUAGUAAUGCCGACGG